AUGUUCCACACACCUCAAAAACGUACGAGUGACACCUUGACAAUUGACGUGAGCAGGGCUCCAACAAAAGCUGAGGCAUCCGCAGUGCGGAAAAGCAUUGACAAACUGGAGGCUCUGAACACCAUUGUUUCGCCCCCCAUCCGGGAGCCUCCAGUUCUUAAAAAGAAAGUAGUCGUAAGUAAGAGACAAGCCGAAGACAAGGAGGGAAGCCCACCUCCAACGGCAUCCAUCUUUUUGACUGAGGGUAAAGCCUGUCUAUUAAAAGCGAAAAGCCACAUAAGGGACUCCCGAAAUCUCAAAGCGGAAAGAAAAGAGGGAGUCAUCGCAGCGCUAGACAGACUCUACCAGAUAAUUAAAGAACUAGAUAUAGAGCUCACCAGUGCCAGGGCUGGGAGCGGCGGAGGGCAGGGGAGGGACCCUUUACAUCCCCCCCAUCCGUCCGACGCUCCGACGAUUACUGACCAAGCACUGAUGAGACACAUGAAAGAAAAUAACAAAAUGCAUGAAAGCAUGAAAGAGAGUAUGAAAGAAAUGACAAAAAGGAUGGAAGAGAUGAGUGGAAGUAUGAAAGGGAGUGAGGUGAGAAUGGAAAGGCUUAGCUCGUUGUUGGAGAGCAACAUGACUGUUGCCAAAGCGACAAGUUACGCGGCCGUUGCUUCGAGAGGAGUCGCUGAGAGAUUCCCCGAAACAAGGGCUUUGCAUUCGGUUAUGGUGUCCUCCAGGGACGAACAGGAAACGGGAGAAGAUGUAUUGGAGAAGAUUAGGAAGACUGUGGACGCAAAAGAUGGAUGGGUAAAAGUGGAAAGAGUAAGAAAGGUGAAAAAUAGAAAAGUAGUCGUCGGCUGUGUGAGCGAAGAAGAAAGAGAUAAGGUGAAAGAGAGAUUGGGAAAGAAUGAGGGAUUAGUUGUGGAAGAAGUGAAAAACAAGAGCCCUCUUCUGGUCUUCAGGGAUGUGAUGAAGUGUGACACUGGCGACUUCAUCACUGCGCUAAGGAACCAGAAUGCAGACAUCCUUGAGGGCUUGAAAGGGGAAGAGCGAAAGGUUGAAGUCGCGUAUGUGAUGGGAGCGAGGAACCCCCUCCAGAACCACGUGGUGGUCAGAGCGAGCCCACAGGUAUGGAGGAGAUGGAUGAAUGAGAGAUACGCCCACAUAGGGUUGGGAAGAGUGAAAGUGAUGGACCACAGUCCACUGGUGCAGUGCUCCCGCUGCCUGGGAUAUGGGCACACAAAGCGCGUGUGUAGUGAAGAGCAGGUACGAUGCAGCCACUGCGCCGGUCCUCAUAUGAGGACUGAAUGCGACAAGUGGCUGCGGGGAGAAGCGCCUCAGUGCAUUAAUUGCACGAAGGCCAAGAAAGGUAGCGUGAAGCACAGUGCCUUUGACCGCGAGUGUGUGGAACGAAAGAGGUGGGACGCUCUAGCCAGGUCGGCGGCCAACCUCCAGCGGAGCCAAAUCGCCACUAAGGAGCUAUUGCUCGAGGCCACCAAGCGUAAGGCCUGCGUAGCGUUACUUCAAGAGCCCUACGUAGGUGGGGCACGGAGUGUGAGGACAUACAAUGGAGUGAGGGUCUUCCAGAGCGAUGGGGAAGGGGGCGGUGUAGUUAAGGCGUGUAUUGUAGUACUCGACGACUCACUGGACGUCGAGCUACACGCACGCCUUAGCAACAACAACAUUGUUGUAGCCACCCUCAGAACCAAAGCAUGGGAGAUGAUUGUAGUGUCCUUCUACUUCGAGCCCGAUAAGCCAGUAGGGCCCUACCUGGAGAAUCUUAUGCGGAUAGGAAGAAAGUUAGGUUCCAAUAGGAUGGUCCUGGGAGGUGAUGCGAAUGCAAAGAGCCCGUGGUGGGGUGGUGACAAGGAAGACCAGCGAGGUAGGGAUGUGUCUGCUGUACUGGAAGCAAUGGGUAUGCACAUACUCAACACCGGGGACAUCCCGACAUUCGAUACCAUCAGAGGGGGGAAAAGAUACUCCAGCUACGUGGAUGUGACAGCAUGCUCCGACGAUCUGCUGAACCGAGUGGGUGACUGGAGAGUAGAGGAGGGUCUCACGAGCUCGGACCACAACGGCAUAUCAUUCGGCAUCAGACAACAGAAAUCCACAGGCACGAACAUUGUACGAACCACACGCAUAUUUAACACACGCAAGGCAAACUGGACUCAGUUUCAUGAGAAACUGACUCAGCUGAUGUCGGACAGACAAUUGACUGCACAAGACAUAGACACAAUACACAGCACACAACAAAUAGACGAGGCAAUAGACAGUUACACACAAGCAAUCACACAGACAUGCAGAGACACUAUGCCGACCAAAAAACACACACAAAAAUUCAAUUUGUCUUGGUGGAAUGAUGAGCUCGCGCAGAUGAAAAAGGAAGUUGCCAUGAGGAGACGCAGGAUCCGAAACGCAGCACCUGUUCGCAGAAACCGCGUUGUUGGAUUGUAUCUUGAACAAAAGGAGAAGUAUGAAAAGGCUGUGAAAGAUGCGCAAUGUGAGAGCUGGAAGGAGUUUUGCCGUAAACAGGAUAGAGAGGGGGUCUGGGAGGGCAUCUACAGGGUGCUGAACAGAGCCACUAGGAGAGAGGAGGAUCUGCCCCUUACGAAGGGUGGUGAAACCCUCGACGCCCGAAGCUCUGCAGAACUGUUGGCGGAGACUUUCUACCCCGUGGACUUGGAGAGUGGUGAAAGUGAGGAACAUCGUCUGACGCGCCUGCGGGCGGAGUCCUUGGACACCGAACCGCCGAUGGGUCCGGACGAUCCUCCUUUCAUCAUGGAGGAGUUGAAGGGAGCCGUUAGGUCCUUCAAUCCCAAGAAGGCCCCCGGGGCGGAUGGCCUCACGGCCGACAUCUGCCAGCACGCUGUAGAUUGUAACCCGGAGUGGUUCCUUGCGCUGUUGAACAGGUGCCUCAUUGUCGCCUACUUCCCCAAACAGUGGAAGUGGGCGACUGUGGUGGUCCUGAGAAAGCCGGGCAGGGAAUCAUACCGGGUACCGAAAGCCUAUCGACCGAUCGGUCUCUUACGGUCUUACCUGUUCUCGGCAAAAUCUUCGAAAAGAUGUUGGUCGCCCGACUCAGGUUCUACUUGCUGCCCAAAAUAA